AUGUCACAACAUCAAACUCCAUCUGGUUCAAAAACUACUAAGCCUACUCACAAGGAUAACACUCCUUCCAUGGAAUUUCUUGAUGAUGAAAUUUUGGAUGUGGUCCCUUUGUCUGUUAUUCCAGGCGAAGCCCCUGACUCAAACCUUCCCAUGGAUGCAUCAGCUUCUGCAUGCCCCACUCAAGGUAACAGCUCUAGUAUCCCUUCUAGAUCUACUCAUGCCACUAGUUCUAAGGAAGAUAUGCACCACACUGAUCGUGUCAUUAGAAACCUAGUCACUAGAAUCCUGAAUGAAGGACAUUCUGUGGAUGGAGUGUCUACUCCUCUGUCUAGAAUGUACCCCUCUCCUGAGGUUGAACCUCAUAGUGAGAAGGAUGCCGAUUCCUCUAGAUCUGAGAAGGACAUGGAUGUUGAAGGUUUGUGCUCUCUAGGGAAAACUAUGUCUAGUAAAAAAUCGGUGGCAUCUACAACUGCAAAUGCUUCACAGUCUGAGAAGCAUAAUUCUGCAAACAAUAUGAUUGACCUAGAGGAUGAUAGCAAAGUAGAUGUGAAGAAGAGAAAGGUUAGAGAAGUUUCUGAGUCUGACGAAGAUGUUGAGGAAGAUUUCCCUGACAUCUCCCCUGUGAAGAGGACAACUGUGAGGAAGUCCCCUGUGAAAGUUGUUGUUGUGCAUUUGGACAAUAUCUCUUUUUAUAUUGAAGAUGGAACUGCCAAAUGGAAGUUUGUGAUCCAAAGAAGGGUGGCUGUAGAGAGAGAGUUAGGCAAGGAUGAUGUUGAGGUCAAAGAGGUCAUGGACCUAAUUAAGAAUGUUGGGUUAAUGAAGACUGUGGCUAGAGGGAAGUGUAUCACAUUUUCUCCCACUGUCAUUAACAAGUUUCUGGGAAGAGGUAUAGAAGGUGCAUGUGAAUUGGAAGCCACAGACAAUGAGGUCUGUAGAGAAAUUACAGCAAGGCAGGUGAAAGAGUGGCCUAGUAAAAAGCAUCUUCCUGCUGGGAAGCUGACUAUUAAGUAUGACAUAUUGCAUAAAAUAGGAUCUGCAAAUUGGAUGCCUACCAACCACAUUUCCACAAUUUCAAAUACCAUUGGAAGAUUUAUCUUUGUUGUUGGAACCAAGCUAAAAUUUGAUUAUGGUAGUCAUGUCGAAGACAUUGUCAUGACAUCUGCUGUGAAAAAGCCAGCCUCAGAAGGUGGACUUAUUGCUGAGCUGAAGGAAAUGUGUAAAGAGCUGGGUGCAGGAAUAAGGGUAGCAACAGCUAGGAAAGAAUCGUUGGAAGCCCUGAUUACAAGCUUGGGACAAGGUGAAGUUAUGUUCUACUGCUUUGAUGUGUAUUUUUCUGGAUUUUCUGGUUUGGUUUGUUGGAUUGUAUCUCAGCUUGUUUAA